AGGGGGAUUGUUUGACAGCGAGCUGCAGAGCUGCUGGGAAGAGAACCAGGACGUAGCUGCUGAGGGUCGGGGACUAUUCUCCUCUUCCUCUCCUCCUCUUCUUCACCUCCUCUCCUCUUCUCCUCCACAUCGACUGCUUCUCAACACAGCGACGUUUCCAGAGGACAUGGCGGCUUCGGAUCGGGCUGUCUGCUGGAAGUCUGAUGAGUGAGAGUGCCGGCAGCCCGCUCCUCCACCGCGAUGGUCGACAUGGAGAGCCACUACCAUCCCCCUUCGCCCCUGGAGGACUCGGUGCUGGGAAGCCCGCUGUGCGCCGAUGACAACUUCAUGGGCGGCAUGGAGGAGCUCCAGGACAUCUCCCAGUCCAUCGACAACGACGCCCUCAGCUCCUUCGACGUCCCUGAAUACCAGUCCUCCAGCAACGGCUCCGAAGGUUCCACCGUUCUAGAUGCCCUGACGCCAGCAUCCAGCCCGUCGUCAGUUGUUUACGGGUUGGCAUCGGGCCAGGAGGACUUCUCAUCGGCCUCCUCAUCGCUCAAUCUGGAGUGUCGAGUUUGUGCCGACCGCGCCUCGGGCUACCACUACGGAGUCCACGCCUGCGAGGGCUGCAAGGGUUUUUUCCGGCGGACCAUCCGUCUGAAGCUGGAGUACGACAAGUGCGAGCGCCGCUGCAAGAUCCAAAAAAAGAACCGCAACAAGUGCCAAUACUGCCGCUUCCAGAAGUGCCUGUCGGUGGGCAUGUCCCACAACGCCAUCCGGUUUGGUCGGAUGCCCCAGUCGGAGAAGCUAAAGCUGAAGGCGGAGAUGGUGACGGGAGACAGGGAGGUGGAAGACCCCCACGUGGCCGACCAGAAGACCCUGGCCCGGCAGAUCUACGAGGCCUACCUCAAGAACUUCAACAUGAACAAGGCCAAGGCUCGAACCAUUCUCACCGGCAAGACCAGCACCCCUCCUUUCGUCAUCCACGACAUGGAGACCCUCCAGCUGGCAGAGCAGACGCUGGUGGCAAAGAUGGUGGGCUCGGCGGGAACGCUGAAGGACCGGGAGGCGGAGGUUCGGAUCUUCCACUGCUGCCAGUGCACGUCGGUGGAAACUGUCACCGAGCUCACGGAGUUCGCAAAGUCCGUCCCCGGCUUCUCAAGCCUGGACCUCAACGACCAGGUGACUCUUUUGAAAUACGGCGUGUACGAGGCCCUCUUCGCCAUGCUCGCCUCCAGCAUGAACAAAGACGGGCUCCUCGUGGCGUACGGCUCGGGCUUCAUCACCCGGGAGUUCCUCAAGAGCCUGCGGCGGCCGUUCAGCGACAUGAUGGAGCCAAAGUUCCAGUUUGCAAUGAAGUUUAACGCCAUGGAGCUGGACGACAGCGACCUGGCUCUGUUUGUGGCCGCUAUCAUCUGCUGUGGAGAUCGCCCAGGCCUGGUGAAUGUGGCGCACAUUGAGCGAAUGCAGGAGAGCAUUGUGCAGGUGCUGCAGCUCCACCUGCUGGCCAACCACCCCGACGACUCGUUCCUCUUCCCCAAGCUGCUGCAGAAACUGGCCGACCUCCGGCAGCUGGUCACCGAGCACGCGCAGCUGGUGCAGGAGAUCAAAAAGACAGAGGACACCUCGCUGCACCCGCUCCUGCAGGAGAUCUACAGAGACAUGUACUGAGGGGGGUCGCCAGGAGGAAUAACCAGGAGAGGCACUCUUACAAAUCAUCUCCUUUUUAUUUCAGGGACAGAAGAAGAGGAGUCCUCCAUAAGCUAGGUUGAACCACUUAAACCCCCCACCACCGCCCUAAUGCAGCAAGAAUUAGCUUCUGGUCAGCACAAGGGGUCCUGUUGAGGCAGGAGAGGCCAACACAGAGCUCUCCACUCCAUUGGCAGAAAAGUCAUGUAUGCAAAGACGUGAUUGAGCCCCUAUUCUAGAUCCCAGUGUAUGCAAUCUCUGACCAAACAUGGAUAAAAAAGACUAAAUUAGAAGUAUUUGAGGUGUUUGCCAUGGUUCUCCCCGUCCUGACCCUUAACAAGCCCUAAAAUGAGGAAAGAAAGUGAACUUGAUAGUCACCACUCCAGCAGAAUGCUUGAAAGUAGAUUUUUUUAUAGUGAUGUCAAAGAGCAAAGAGCCAUAUACCUUCACAGCUAACAACACCCAAAUGACUUCAGAGGGCAGCGACAUUAAUACGGCAGUAGUGACGCAGUUUUCCAGCAAAGGCAGCUUCUGUCAAAUCGGCUGUCAAUAACGGGCGGUGACGACUAUCCACGCAUCAGCCCCCCUCCAGCAUGUUUCUUCACCUGUUUUACACCCACAGACGCAACUGUGGUGCUCCUGAACAUCGUCAUUUAUUUGUACUGUAAGCCAUACUGUGUUUGUAAUACUGGAAACAUUUUCAUAUUCUUUUCUCUUCCUGACAAAGACAGCAUCAAAACUUUGGUACAGAUAAUCACCACUUAUUAGCAAUAGUAUUUUUUACACUUCAGAAUAAGAAAGCAAAAUCUUAGUUUGGAAGAAACGUUUUUUCUAAAGACUGAAAGGCACAACAGAUUCACUGUGCACACACACGCACUACGAUGAAGCACGAACACGCCUGCAAUAUGUUAAUAUGGCACUAUUUUAUACCGGACUUCUGUUAAAAUGCCUUUUUCACAAAACACAGACUAUUUGGCACUCCAUCCUGUUUCUGUGUCCCGCUAACACCAAGAUAAACCGCAUUACAACCUUAAUACAGGCAGACUUAAAGCAGAUUUACCAGAAAUUAAUUCAUCCGUUUCUUAAUUUCUCACUCGGUGAAGCCCCGUUCCUCCAAAAUACAUCUCAUCAUUUCGUUUCUCUCAGUUAGUCAUGUUGUGUCUCUCCAUCUUCUCCUGUCUGUCUGCCUUCAAUCGUAUUUCACUUGCUGUGAUCGGUCCUCAUAACACCUGCAGUUGAUUUAAGAAAUCAGGGCUCUUAUGUGCACAUUUUUAUAUGAUGGCAAAAUGAAAAGCAUUAUUCUGUUUUUCAUAGAAGAAAAUCAUAAUGUGAUGGCCUCGUAGAUUAAACCAAUACUUUGACACUUUGACCUUGUAGUUUCUGUAAAAUCACCUGGGCAAAAAAUCAAAAGACAAACACAAACGUGUGGCCGUCUGCACUUAUUUGAUUCUGUAGAGUAAGAUAAAGACAGUCAUCCUUUUGGUAACACUUUAUAAUAACCAUCAUUUAUAAAUGGUAAAUUAAUAGUUAAUUAAACUCAGUUAAAAGUAAUUUUACUGUUAACAAACAAUGAAAUGAUAAUUAAUCAUGUUUACUAAUUAUUACUAUUUUAACAGUUAAUUGUUGCACACAUCCUAACAUUUAAUAUACUAUAUGAAGUAUUUGUUAAUGAUUUUACAAAAUGUUUAGUAAAACUUUAAGAAAUUGUUUGUAAAACAUCUGUAAACAUACAUAGACAGAUGUUUGUAACACUUUGUUAAUGGUUAUUAAUUGGU